AUGUUCAAUUCAAACUUGUCGGCAUAUAAACCCAACCCAGCCCCCCAAAAGACUCUACGUAUCCUAAAAGCCAUCAAACUCUUAUGGGACCCAAUCAAUGAGUGGACUAUACAACAGUAUUUCAAAAUGAUGCUGACCUUCCUAAGCAACUUCGAUCUCGAAGCGCACAUGUUCGGUCAAGUAUACAAUCUCAAGUGGUCUGAUCUCAGUCUAGGGCUGGACGACAAGUGCCACCACCAACGGCUCAGGAUUCGAGGGGUACAUAUUCCCCGCCAUGCCCUAGCAGAAAUGUGCCCUGUAGGCGCACUAGGCUGGGCAUUCUUCAUAUCUUUUGGUAUUAUGAACAAUCCGCAUCCUAACCUCACAGGACCCCGAUUCCUCCAAGACUCGCUGUUCGACCCUACCAUUGGUGUUUCCCAGGUGGACCUCCGCUCGACAAUGACGGUGUCAGAAUCAGGAUCUUCAUCGUUCUACCUCAAGUGGUACAGUGCCCUAACUGCUAACAAAUACACCCCACUAUCCGUAGAAGAAGAAGCCGAGUGUAAACUCCUGUAUCAGUACAAUUAUAACCGAAUCAAUCUUGGCCGUUACUGCAAACGCAAUAAUGUUUACAAAAACCAUAUACGCGAAAUGACGCAGUGGAUGUUCCCGUGGUACGACUACGUACGCGGGAUGCUGUCCGUGGACACGGUGUCACGACAUGAAAAAAUUGCAAUGUUCCGAUGCCUAGCCAUCUCAUCGUACCUCGCGGAGGUGGUCCUACAGGACGCUAUAGUCCUCUAUUUGAAGAACCCCGACGACCUGCUCCUAUCGCUCUUCCAUCCCUUUUGCAAUGAAAGUUUCAAGAAAUUCGCUUCUGGUGCUCGAGUGGUUCUUGAACACAGCGCAGCUCCGAAACUUCCUGUCCAGCGCUGGCGGCAACGUGUAGAUCGACCUGUGCUGUUGGUCAAUAACGAAGCGCGUGAAGAUCAAUCUGUCGAUGAGAAUGAGCUCGACGAGUUUAUGGAUUCUGUUAUCGAUUGGAGUAGCUGCGAGGAUGCCUGCUAG